AUGACUAGCAUAUUAGGUUUUGGGAGUCAGUAUAAAGCUGUUGAGCAAAGCGGGAACAGGCUUCUUUUACACGACGCGAAAGAAUCCAAUGAACACUCCAAACAAGUUGAAGUUGAUCAAGUACGACCCUAUUGUACGUAGACAUGUGGUUUUCGAAGAAACAAAGUCGAUUAAGAAGUGAUGAUGUUUUGUUUAGUAUUUUUCUA